AUGAAAGCCCCGGCUAACAAACGGAGUAAAGACAAGUAUUGUCGAUUCCAUCGAGAUCAUGGACAUGACACGGAGGAGUGCCAUCAACUUAAAGAAGAGAUCCAGGAGCUCAUCAAUCGAGAUUUCCUGAGGAGGUUUGUAGCUAAGGAUACAGAACCACAAAGGGGUGAACGAAGGGGAUCGAGGAGCCCCCCUCACAGGCGCGGUAGAUCUCAGGAACGACGCAAAACCAGAACCCCGCCCCGGAGAGAGAAUCGCCAGGGGGAUGGGAGUCCUCCGCAACAGUUGAUUUUUCAUACUCUAGCGGCUGGGGUGGUGCCAGGCAAGGAGUCGGGGGAGAGUUCUGAUCUGCAUCGACGUCCGGGAGUCAAAAGGGCUCGACCAGGGGAUGUUAUCUCCUUUACCGAUGAUGACUUGCCCGGAUAUCCGGUUUCUAAUGAUCCGCUAGUCAUCACAGCAAAAUUGGGAAAAUGGGAGCUUCGACGGAUUCUCGUGGACCCGGGGAGCUCUUCUGAAGUUUUAUAUCGACAAGCCUUUUUAGGCAUGGGAUACGAAAUGGAACAGUUGAAGCCCGCUCGUGUUCCCUUGAUUGGAUUCGACGGGGAAGUGGUAUAUGCGGAUGGUGUCUUCCAGCUCUUGUUGACUCUUGGAAAGGGUUCUCAGUUUGCCCAGGUCAUGUUGGACAUUUUGGUAGCGGAUGUCCCCUCGGCCUACAAUAUGAUCCUCGAAAGAUCGGGGCUAAAUGCUCUGUGGGUUGUGCCGAGUACUUAUCACAUGGUGCUUAAGUUCCCCACUGCGGCGGGGGUUGGAGAAGUCAGAGGAGACCUAAGGUCUACCCGGGAGUGUUACAUGGCAUCCAUCAACACAGCUAAGGGUGUUGUGCAGGAGCAGUUAGAGCCGCAAGAGGAUUCAAGACGGAGACGGAGCCCUACUGUGAGGGAGGUCAGGAUUUCCCCUCUCGCCACUGUCAAUUUUUUACUAGAAGGUCCAGAAGACCCAAAGACUGCUGAGCCAGUGGAUGAGCUUGUAGAGGUACCAUUGGACCCGGACAGAGUCGAUAGAUGCGUGAUGGUGGGCGCCAAAUGA